CGCGCUGAUCCAAACGUGUGGGCUGGCUCACUGGGCCGGGUGGAGAAGGAAGCCUCUCAUGAGUCGAGGGGGACGGGAAGAGGGAGAGAGGCAGAGCGCACGGCGAUGCCGGAGCUGCCGGAGGUGGAGGCGGCGCGGCGGGCGCUGCAGGCGCACUGCGUGGGGAGGCGCAUCGCGCGCUGCGCCGUGGCGGACGACGCCAAGGUGGUCGUCGCGCCCGCCGGCCGCGCGGCCUUCGAGCGCGCCAUGGUCGGCCGGACCAUCGUCGCCGCGCGCCGGAAGGGGAAAAACCUCUGGCUGCAGCUCGACGCGCCGCCCUUCCCGUCCUUCCAGUUCGGGAUGGCAGGUGCGAUAUAUAUAAAGGGCGUUCCUGUUACAAAUUAUAAGAGAUCGGUUGUCAAUUCCGAAGAUGAGUGGCCCUCCAAAUACUCUAAAUUCUUUGCUGAGCUUGAUGAUGGCUUGGAGUUUUCCUUCACUGAUAAAAGGCGCUUUGCUAGAGUUCGUUUGUUUGAAGAUCCUGAAACUGUACCCCCAAUUUCUGAGCUAGGUCCAGAUGCUCUCUUUGAGCCAAUGUCUGUUGACAAUUUUUUGCACUCCCUGGGUAGAAAGAAGAUCGGAAUAAAAGCUCUUUUACUUGAUCAGAGCUUUAUAUCAGGCAUUGGUAAUUGGAUUGCGGAUGAAGUGCUUUACCAGUCAAGGAUCCAUCCAUUACAGAUUGCUUCAAAUCUGUCUGGAGAGAGUUGUGAAGCACUGCACCAAAGUAUCCAAGAGGUUGUGAAAUAUGCUGUUGAAGUUGAUGCUGACCUUGAGCGCUUUCCAAAGGAAUGGUUAUUUCAUCACCGUUGGGGCAAGAAGCCUGGUACAGUCAAUGGAAAGAAGAUUGAAUUCAUAACAGCUGGUGGCAGGACGACAGCCUAUGUGCCGCAAUUGCAGAAACUGACUGGAGCCCAAUCCAGCAAAAUGAUAGCCGCUAACCUGGAGCAAAUGGUUGAGAACGGUGAUGCCAAGGAUCCAGAGACUGACGGAGAAGACGCUGAUAUGUUGAAGCCCAAAAAGCGAGCUACAACCUCCAGGGCUGUCAGGGGACAGCAAAACAAAGAUAGCGUAGGUUCCAGUUCCAGAAAAGCAAGGGGAAAUGGUGGUGGCAGUAGAAAACCAGGUACCAACGCUGAGGCUGUGGCCCCGAAAAUGGCUGUUGCCGAAAGCAACGGCCAGCAAGAUUUGGACCAACCCAGCAGUAAUGCAGUCAACAACUCAGAUCAGGUUAUAAGAAGAUCAUCAAGGAAAGUGAAACCCCGCAAGUAAAUAGAUCAGACCGAUCCUUUAGUUCAAUGGAAAUUUGCAUACGGCAUUUUGGUUUAUAUAUGUAGCCAGCAGAUUUGUGCUGGAUGUAUGCCACUCAUCUGAGUGAAAUCCCUUGAAACAUGGAGGGAUCAUUGGCCCUCUCUCUUUUGGUUACUUGUAUGCAUCACUGUAUUCUGUACCUUGAGUCCUUGACACGUGUCACAUGUUCUUGGGGAAUUUACACUACUCAACGCGUGUUUUCCCUACUAUCA